GACUGCACUGAGCUGUGUCUCCUUCCCCCCUCCCCACCUCGAGCUGUAACACCAUCAUGGCAGCCUACAAGGGAAACAACAUCUUCCCUAAAAACCCCUACUACAUUCCUGGCUAUGGGGGCUACGUUCCUCAGUUCCCCUUCAAAUUUGGGAACACCUAUGGCAGAAUCACCCACGAUGUGCUGACAGAUCCCACCAUCAGCAAAAGCCCUCGCUCCUUGCUGGCACCACUGGACAACCAGGCAAACCUCCAUAAGUUCCAUUACCACAUCGAUCAUCCAGGGUAUGUCACCUACCAGCCCAUCACAAACCCUCCUGAGAUCCCCCUGGGGCCACAGCCCGUGCCCAGGCCGCUGGAGGAGCCGAUGAUGACCCACAUGGACCCCAGGAACUGGCAGUGCCCCCCAGAGCAGGGGGAGAGCAGGACCUGGCUGCCCCUGGAGCCUCAGCAAGGGCUGGCCCUGCACCCUGCAGCCCAGGAGAUGGAGAUGGAGGUGGCCAAGCCACCCCUGGCCAGCGCUCUGGGAAGGCUGGGAGUGCACCAGUGCAACUGUGGAGGGAGCAAAACUGUGAGUGGGGGCUUGGGGAUGGUGGGGUGA